AUGAGCCAAACCACAACAGUCACUAGAGUCAUAACCUUGCGCUCCAAUCCAGAAUCAGAUGUCGAACAACAAAAGACUCCAGACAAGAAAACUGUCGAGAAAAGCAAGCCGGUUGUGGACUGGGCAGACGAUGUCGUGGAUAAUGAGCAUCUGAACAAAAGAAAAAGCAAAAGUUGCUGUAUCCAUGAGAAGAGACGGGACUUCGGAGAAUCGUCGUCAUCUUCUUCUUCAGGCUCUGACAGCGAAUUGGAAUCCAACGGUCAACAAAGACCCAGGAAGUCCAACGGUCAACAAAGACCCAGGAA